AUUCUUGCACGGCCGAACCGUGAACGAUCAAUCGCCAGCGACAACCUCGACAACCAACAACGCCGCACUUCAAAAUGGGUCGUCUUCAAGAGUACCAGGUGAUCGGGCGUCACCUGCCCACCGAGGCCAACCCCACCCCGAAGCUCUACCGGAUGCGCAUCUUCGCUCCUAACCACAUUGUUGCGAAGUCGCGAUUCUGGUACUUCCUUACCAAGCUUCGGAAGGUCAAGAAGGCGAACGGCGAGAUCGUCAGCUUGAACCAGAUCGCCGAGAAGCGUCCCCAGCAGGUCAAGAACUUCGGUAUCUGGAUCCGCUACGACUCCCGCUCUGGUACCCACAACAUGUACAAGGAGUACCGUGAGAUGUCCCGUGUGGACGCCGUCGAGGCCAUGUACCAGGAUAUGGCCGCCCGUCACCGGGCUCGUUUCCGGUCGAUCGCCAUCCUCAAGGUUGUCGAGCUCGAGACUGCCGACGAUGUCAAGCGCCCCUACAUCAAGCAGCUCCUCACCAAGGACCUCAAGUUCCCCUUGCCCCACCGUGUUCCCAAGGGCGUUGGCAAGAAGCUCUACGUUGCCAAGCGGCCAUCAACUUUCUACUAGAGGAUUUGUCGGCUCGAUUGGGGGGUUGGAUGAAUGGAGUGCUGUGUAGUUCAAAUACCUAGCUACUUCGCGGCGCAAUCCAUAGCAAGUUUCAAAAUAGUACUUUUUUUGAACGCUGGGUAACAUUUGAUUCCUGGGAUCAUGCAUCGAACUCGUGACUCCCGAGUAGUUGUGAAACGUAUAUUUGACUAUGUUUUCUCUACUGCAAUAAUACAUGUAUUCCUCGCAAUGAGUUCGGCGGGCAG